AUGCAGUACUUGGACGAGAUGCUUCAGUAUCAUGACAUUCGUUCCAUCCAGAUUUUGAUACUAUUGGCUAUCUAUAGUCUUCGGGCACCUAAAGGACCUGGGGCAUGGACGUACAUUGGUUUGGCAAUGAGAACUUGCAUAGACCUCGGUCUUCACCGCAAGACCCCUGUGAAGAAAUACCCUCUUCUAGAUGUCGAAAUGCGAAAGAGAAUUUUCUGGACCUGUUACUGCCUUGAUCGGCAAAUUUCUAUUAUUCUUGGUCGGCCAUUUGCAAUAUCGGAUCGGGAUAUCGAUGCUGAGUUGCCGCUUGACAUCGAUGAAUCCAUUCAGGAUGUUGCAGCAUUCGAAGCUGCUUUAAGCAACGUUCAGUCUACGCCUGCAGAUGAGACCCCAACAAUAUCCACCUCUCUAAGCUGCUUCAUCCACAUUUGUCGAUUGCGACGUAUUGAGUCCCAAAUUCAGCAAAGCAUAUAUCGCGUGGACAACUCGACGAAUGCCACUGAAUUUGAAGUCGAGUCAUUUAUUCGACAACUGGAACAAUGGAAAGAUAAAAUUCCACGGGAUGCGAGAAGGCACAACGCUGACAAGGCAACAACAACAACGGAUACAAAAUUAAUCGAUGGGUAUGGCUACUACAUGGUUUAUUACUACAAAUGCAUGAGCUUCCUACUCCAUCCACUUCUUUCAACAAAGGAUACGAAUCUUCGUUUUCUGAAGCUCUGCGCUGAGGCUUGCGGAGAUGUUUGUCAGACUUACAAGAAACUACAUCAAAGCAUACCAGUUGGGUUUUCUCUGAUGGCACUGCAUUCUGUUUUCCUCGCCGGACUCACAUUGGUGUACUGUACUUGGAUUUCUCCCCAAGAGGUGUUCAGUAUAAAGACUUCCAACAAUAUGAAUGCCUGCAGUAUUGUCUUAUACAUCAUCACGGAACGAUGGCCGGGAGCAAAAAAGUACCGAGAUACCUACGAAGCUGUCAAACAAUCACUGCUAGAGUCCGUCGAGGAGAACAAGUAUGAGCCGCGUCGAGCCAUCAAACGGCUUUACCCCGAUCUCCUCCCAUCGAUGACUAGCAACGAGGAGGGCAGUUCCGAGGUGACUCAGAUUGUUGCAGAUAUGGCAGGAGAACAAAUGCUGUUCGAGGACUUCGCCGGCCCUGUUCAGUCUCCGGGGCAACCUUCACUCGCGAAUACAUUCUCGAUCGUGCCCCCUCUGGCCCAGGAUUACUCAAUGCCGAUUGACUUUCAGCAACAGUCAGCUUUCGACGAAUCACUUUUCACUUUCGAUAACCUUGAUAUCAUUAACGGUUUCGAUAUUGGCGACUUUGACAUGAGUCGUACGCCCCUCUAG